CGACACUCUGGAAAUGGCGCUGAUUCCCGAAUUUUUUUCAUUGACUAUGUCUAUUUUAAAAAAUUUAUUCAUUUAAGAAAUAGUUCUAUCUAUCUAAUUAAUUUUAUAAUAAUUAUAUUAUAUUACAUUAUAAUUUUUUAUUUUUUGUUAAAUUUUAAGUUUAUUUGAUAUAAUUUUUAUAUAUUAGAUCGUAUCAUGAUUUUUUAUGUGAUCAGAACAUGAGACAUUUCUGAUUAUGUUCGUUUUUCGUGAUAAUGUAUGAUUCAAUUUUUCAUUAUAACGUGAUGUUUUUUAAUUAAUAUUUUUAUAUAUUAUAUAGAAAUUGAAAUAAAAAUGUCAAAUUCGCUUGUAAGAAAAGGCCUUGAGUUAAUGGGUUGUGAAAAAAGCAUAAAACAAGAAAGAAAGAAAAGAAAACAUAUAAAAUAUAAAGGUACAUUGGAUCUAAUCCCUCCAAAAUACAGGAUAUUAUCUAAAAAUGAUAAAACAGAUCUUGGUACAAUUCUUGGACGAUCAAGUAAAGUAACUGUCUAUGAAACUCAAAAAAAAUUAGCCACACAAAAAGAUUCUACAGAUAAAAAUAUACAGAAACUCUUAAUACUUAGUAAUAAUCGUAUUGAUCCAAAUACAACAAAUAAGUUAUUAGAGAGAGCCUUGAAAAAGAAAUAUAUUCCAGAAGUAAAGAAACCUAAAGAAUCUGAAACUACUGCAUUUACUGAAGAAGAUUUCAAAAAGUUUGAGAAAGAAUAUAUGGAUCAAUAAUAAGUAAAUUAUAUUUCCUAAAUUAUCUUAAGUUAAACAAUUAUUUGAAAAAAAUAUUACUAAAUUUACUUAAUUAAUUUUAUUUAGUAUUUUGUUAUAUGAUAUGAUAUUUGUCAUAAAUAUAUAGAAACAUUUCCAUAUUUUAUCAUGAAGUAACAUAUUUUUUUAUAUAUUUAUUAAUAUUUAAUCUAUUAUAAAUAUAAAUAAUCUAUCAUAAUUUUUAAUUAUAAAAUGUUUAAUAGCGAUCGUAAGAAGGGUAAAGUGAUAUUGAUUGUGACUUGUAUUUUAUUUCUGUAUUAUACUAUAUGGAUCAUUGGCUUACCAUUUAUUGAUGACAACAGAAUACGAUCAUUUUUUGGUUCUUAUAAUAUUGCAUUAAUGUUUCCUGCUAUUUUGGGCUUAUGUUUCAUUGGUGGAUUAAUAUUAUUUACUCUUUAUCAUAUUAAGCCAUAUUAUUCAAUUUAUAAAUCAAAUAAAACUCAUGAAUCAUAAUAUUUAGAGAUAGAAUUUUAUUUUAUAUUAAUAAUUUUUGUUAUAAAACAUUUACAUUGUAUGUUUUAUUAUUGAUUAGAUAGGGAAAUUAAUAUAAGUUACAUAAUAUUAUUCAUAAUACGUUAGUUUAAGAUAACCUAUUCUAAGAUACGAUAUAAAUAACAUAAAUAAUAUAAAAUGUCUUCAAAAAAAUGGUUUGUAAUUGGUAUUUCGGGUACAACAUGUAGUGGAAAAACUUCUGUAGCUAUCCAACUUCAUGAAAAAUUAAAAAACUCAAUAGUGUUACACCAAGAUAAUUAUUUCUUGUCGAAAGAUGAUCCACGGCAUGUAUUGGUAAAAGAACUUGAUCAUUUUAAUUGGGAAUUAAUAACCAGUAUGGAUAUGGAUAAAAUGUAUUCAGAUAUUUUACAAUUAAUGGAAUCUUUUCCGAAUGAAAAUAAUCCUUCCGAAGUGAUCAACAAAAAUAUAUUAAUAUUAGAUGGAUUUUUACUUUUUAAAUGUAAGGUUAUUUCAAAUUUAUGUGAUCGUAAAUAUUUCAUAACGUUAAACAAAGAUCAAUGUUGGGAGAGAAGGAAAGAAAGAAAGUAUGAUCCACCAGAUGUUCCUGGUUAUUUUGAAAAAGUUGUAUGGCCAGAAUAUAUAAAGAACAAAGAUGAAUUAAUGAAAGACAAUGAUUUGUGUAAUACAAUAACAUUCAUUGAUGGAUCAAAAAGUAAAAAAGAGAUAUUUGAAAUAAUUUUUAACGAAAUAAAAAAAUUAUUAUCAUAGGGUUUUAAUUAUUAUUAUACGUUAAAGAAAAAAACUACAAUAAAUAUAUAUCAUACAUUAAUUUUAAAUAUUUAACUACUAUUUAACAAAAAAUAAUCAUAUUAUAAGUCAACUUCAAAAAAAAAUAUAUGUUAUGCUACACAUUCCAGAAUAUUUAAUAUAAAUUAAAAUUUUUAAAUAUUUUUGAUAAUUUAAAUUAUCUUUCUUAAAUAUUUUUUUUGUUAAGUUUGAGAUAAAAUAAUUAUAAUAAUAAAUCUUGUAUAAUAAAUUUUGUAUACAAAUGCA